AUGACUUCUGCGACCACCAACAGACCAUUAGGCGCCAUGGCGAACACAGCGCGAUCAACGAUUUUUGGCGGAGAGUUUGGAACGGUUUCCAGACAUAAUAGUGAUGAACGAAACCCUCAGCCUGCCUCCCUCACCCAACCUUUUCCUAAUGGCAGCACCUGGAACGCUUCGAAUACAAUAUGGGGAAAGAGCAAGAACACCAUCGGAAGUGGUUUGCCAAAUACAAAGAGAGAUGCUUCGCGUACUCGUGGUGGGUCUGCAAAGGACCGAGAGCCUAUUGCUAUUACUGAUGAUCAAGCAGUGGAUGAUGAUGCAGAAUUUCCGCUUCCUAGCGGAUCGAGUGCGUUGAGAAACAACUCACAAGCGGAUCCUUGGGGCUCAGGGCCUUGGAAUCCGGAUACCACUUCUCCAACAAUGCAGUCGUCUCAUAGUGGGAGCACUUCGCCUUCUCAUCACCGUAGCAGCGUUCCCAACGCUGGCCAGGUUACACUUACCGAGAUACAAAAUCAAUACCAUCAAGUUCGAGCUCCAGCGUUUUCUAGGGGACCCAACAAGAGCAGCCUCGACCCUUCAUCUGGCACUUUUACCCAGCGAAAGCCGUCCUUCCAUUACCCGGAUGACAAGGAAAAUUCUGGUCAGUACGGUCCAGGGCCGGACAACUUUGAAUAUGAUGGCAUUCCGAGAAGAGAUCAAUAUGGGCAACAGAGCUUCCUUGCUCCCAGUAACACCGCAUCACGAGACAGCAGCAUGCCACCCUCAAGGAACUCAGACUCUGGUCUUAAUGGUGUCGGACAAUAUGGGAAUGCCGUAUUUGGAUCUGGUAAUGGUGGUCAUACACCAGCAGGCUCAUUACACUCGCAACGUCCUUCAUUCUCUGGCGCAUCCCAAUCAUAUCAAUCCCAGGUCAAUCCAUCCAGGUUUUCCAACUCUAAUGCUCAGAGUGAGGCGGGCUUGAGUGAUAGGUUUGCAAACCUUGAGUUUGGGGAAAAUGAACAUAACACGAAUUUCCAGCCAGGUAUGAACGCAACUUACUCACCGAACAAUUCGAGAUUUGCCCAACAAGGUAGUAUCUCACACGACAUAACUUCUCCAGUCUGGGACUUGAACAAUGCUCCGAAGGCCAUCAGCCAUGAUCGCUACGGAUCUCAAUCAUUCUUAGACCAGGGCUAUUUCAAACCAAAUCUUGGUACCAGAGGUUCGUCUUCGCCCGCGGGGAGUGAUUAUCGUCGAGGUUUCAAUAGUCCUAAAUUUUACCCCUCAGGAACCCCGCCAGUUGAUCAAUUUAAUGGACGACCCACAUCUCGAGGAUCCCGCAUCCCCCAAGGGCCUAUUGACAUGGAACGAAGACUUCAAGGCAUGUAUUCUCAGCAACCACCAUCAUAUUAUGGAGGUCCAUUCCAGGGCCAAUAUCCACCCCAGCCAUACGAAUACCCUCCACCUAAUUUCAGACAACCCCACGCUCCUUACGGAUAUGCUAUGCCUAUGCCUCCGUACGCACCAACCCAGCCCGUACCUACUCGUCCAAAAGAUCAAGAUGUUGGCGUUGGCGUUCGCAGUGUGCUGCUCGAAGAGUUCCGCUCCAACUCUAAAUCGAACAAGAGAUAUGAGUUGAAAGAUAUCUACAAUCACGUUGUCGAGUUCAGUGGUGAUCAACAUGGAUCUCGAUUCAUUCAACAAAAGCUCGAAACCGCCAACAGCGACGAGAAGGAGCAGCUCUUCCGUGAGAUUCAACCAAAUGCUCUUCAACUGAUGACCGAUGUCUUUGGGAACUAUGUGAUACAGAAAUUGUUUGAGCAUGGAAAUCAAAUACAGAAGCGUGUACUUGCUGAGCAGAUGAAGAAUCAUGUGAUGGAGCUUUCAAUGCAGAUGUAUGGAUGCCGAGUUGUGCAAAAGGCCCUUGAGCAUGUUUUGGCUGAUCAGCAAGCUGAACUUGUUGAGGAACUUCGAUCAGAUGUCCUCAAGUGUGUAAAGGAUCAAAAUGGUAAUCAUGUCGUUCAAAAAGCGAUCGAGCGUGUUCCAACAGAACACAUCCAAUUUGUCAUCGAUGCCUUCCGAGGUCAGGUCCACGUUCUAGCCACUCACCCAUAUGGUUGUCGUGUCAUUCAACGCAUCUUGGAAUACUGCAAACCUCAUGAUCAGGCCGUCGUCCUUGAAGAGCUUCAUCAAUGCGCGUCUAUGCUUAUCACGGAUCAGUAUGGCAACUAUGUCACACAACAUGUCAUUCAGCAUGGAAAGCCAGAAGAUCGAGCCAAGAUUAUAAAGAUCAUCACCGCUCAGCUGUUGACAUUGUCCAAACACAAGUUCGCAUCCAACGUGGUGGAAAAGAGCAUCCAAUUUGGGACCAGCGAACAGAGAAAGGCUAUCGUUGCUCAAUUAACGGCCAUGCAUAGUGAUGGAUCAAGCCCGCUUCAACUCAUGAUGAAGGAUCAAUACGGCAAUUAUGUGAUUCAAAAACUGCUUGGUCAACUGAAGGGUGAAGAGCGUGACAACUUUGUCGAAGAUAUGAAACCACAACUGAUCCAACUGAAGAAGUACAAUUUUGGUAAACAGAUUGCUGCUAUCGAAAAGUUGAUCUUCACUGGUCCACCACCCUACAAUAAUAGCCCCGCCGGUCCAUCUGCGAUUCAAACAAUGCCUAUCGAAAUCACCUCAAGCGCACCAACACCAAUGUUGACGAACGGUCAAAAUAGCCCUCAAAGUAGUAGUCUCCCGAGCACGAAUGUCAGCACGAUCGACGACCCGUCUGAUAGCACAUCAUCCGGCAAAACUAUCAAUGGUAAGGAUGCCGUACUUCCUGAAGUGGUCAUCAACGCCGCAUAA